UGUGACGUCACUUUUAGUGACGGUAUAAAAGGGGAGUUGCAUACCUGUCUUUCUCUUGCUCCCGGAGGCUGGGCUUCAUUGUCACCUGACGUCCGUCGCUUCCGCCCCUGGGUGGCAAAGCAGCAGCUGGUUUGGUGGACCUGCAACUCCACUUCCCCUUUCCCCUGGUUUCACCUUCACGGUAGGGAAAGUCGUUACAAUGGAGGAGGAGUUGCAGGAGCUAAGAGAGUUAAUAGCUCAACUGAGAACAGAUAAUGACAGGCUAAGACAGGAACAGGUUAUGGCUGUGCCCGGCCCUAGUAUUGCACCCCCAGUCUCUCCCCCACCCGCUGCACCCCCUGCUGUCAGUGCUCCCCCGACAGAGAGACUGAUUUUUGUGCCACGGGACAGGAGGUGUCCCACCUUUAGGGGAAAGUCAGGCAUAGGGUUGGCCGAGUGGCUGGAGGAGGUGCAAGCCUGUAUGAGAGCACGUCAUUUGUCCACAUCCGAUCAGGCUUUCUUCCUAUUUGACCACUUAGAGGGGGAGGCACGUGAGGAAAUAAAAUACCGUCCCAGUGAGGAACGUUCAGACCCGGCUAAGAUCAUUGAAGCAUUACAAGAGUUAUAUGGGUGCGCAGAGUCAUAUGUAGCGUUACAAGAGGCCUUUUUCUCUCGACGGCAGCACGAGGGAGAGACUCUAUUAGAGUUUUCACUUGCGUUGAUGAGCCUCAUGACAUCCGUGAAGCAGCGUGCACCCAGCGGCAUACCCAACGCAGAGGUUUUGUUACGUGACCAGUUUGUAGAGCACGUACUGGAUGGGUCGCUUCGUCGGGAGUUGAAGCAGUUUGUGCGCAGGCAGCCUACCUCUACCUUGCUGGAGGCUAGAGGUGAGGCGAUCAGGUGGGAACGAGAGGGCUUACCUGGAGGUGUUAGGGGUCGUAGUCAUUCCGUCCCCUCUGUCUUUGGUGCUCAGUGUGUGGUCCAGGGCAGCCGUCAAGUCAGUGUUGGUCCCCCGCAGUCCUCUGAGCUUCAGGAGAUGAGAGAAAUGCUAAAGUUGCAACAGGAGCAGUUGAACCAACUGACUCAGAGCAUUUCCCGCCUGCAGGGCUCCCAGCAACCCAACCGAACAGCUUUUCGUGGUCCCAUUAUUUGUAGGAGAUGUCAGCAAUCAGGUCACAUCGCCAGGGAGUGUGAUGGCGUUCGCGCUUCCGCCCGCACUCAACCUCCCUCGUCGGCCUCUCAGCCAAGUAGGCCGCCUCACUCCGCCCAGUUACCGGGAAACUAG